AUGGACACAGCCACAACCGCGCGUUGCUACACCGUGGCCACCUGCUGCCUCAUGGAGAACGCGUCAUUUGCCACACACCAUGAUGAACGCGACGACCGCGCUCGCUCUCGCUCGCUGCACUUCCCAUCCACCAACUCCGACGCCCCCGACCUCGUAAAGAUGUACAAACCACUCUUUUCCGCUAGCUACUCAGACCGAUUCGACGUUCACCGCAUUCAAGAAGCCACGCGCAAGCGACCGCUCGCGCACUGGCGGAGAGGAUAUAUGAAGGACGGGCUCAACACACCUCUCGGUUACUACCUCGAACCCGCGCCACCAAGCCCCGACUCCGCGAGUUCCUCGUCGCGCCCAACUACUCCAGACGCGACAGAUGUCAAUCGUGAGAUCGUGCACGGGGGAGUCUCGCCUCCAAGCAAGCCCGGUUCCCACGGCUUCAGUGUCUACAUCCACAAGCUGCAGGUGAUCCUGCCGAGAAUACCGUUCCUCUCGCCACGACAACCGCGACGGAUGGCUGCGACUCCUCGGCGGACGCCACUUUGGGUUUCACUUUGGCCUUUGGCGUUUGAACUCGCUUCCUCAUAUGUCUCUGUGAACACGUAUUGCCCGUGGUGGCUGCGCCUUGGUCGGCCACUUGUCUUGAGCUGCGCAGGGUUCGCACUCACUAUCCCACUUGUCUUCUGGGAUUCUGGGUUCCUUCUGAUGCGCCCCCGGUCAAUGGUGGGCGGAGACUUGCAUUUUCUCUGGAAACCCUAUGCGAUAUACCAGAACGUGGAUAGGAACUACGGCGUGCAGGCAUACGAAAAGGGCCAUGGCUUUCCAAACGCGCAAGUAGCAUUCCUCACGCUCGUCGAAAACUUCAUGAACAUCGGCUACCUCUGGCUCGUGCAUGCCCAGGGCUCGCCGGCCGCCCCGCUGCUGGGCUUCGCCAGCGCGCUCAUGACCCUGUCAAAAACAGCCCUCUAUUGGCUGAUCGAGUACUACUGCGGUGGCUGCUCGAUCAUGCACAACGACCUGCAGACGCUCGUGGCGUACUGGGUCCUACCAAUGGGGCUCUGGCUUCUCGUCCCGGCGUGCAUCGUGUGGCGUCUAGGCCAGGAUAUCGCUACCGUGCUCCACGCGGCGAAUGCUGGCAGCCAGAAGGCGGCGUCGGGAAAGACACACGCGAGUCGGGUCGAGUCGGUGCUCGAGCAGAUCUGCCCGAACGAGUUCGCUGCCUCUGGGGCUGAGUUUGUUCCUGCGGAGCUUGCAGCGAAUGGGAGAGGCAUGCAUAGGCAAGCCCCGAAGGCCGUCCCCGUCCGACUGACCCUCGGGCCUCAGGGUCGCGCGGGGACGGCUCUAAUUGCUUAUCAGGUAGCCAUCCUGGGCAGCACACACCGCAGCGGAUACGGCGGGGCGGAUCGCGUCCCAUUGGCCAGGCGCGACGCACCGCGUCCCGGCGGGGGCCCUCUGGCGACCGGCGCGGGCGACGGCAUCCGCAGAACCUGGAUCACCAGGCUACUGCCCCCGCGGGGCGUCCUGGGCAUAUGGCCGUACGAGGCAGGUAAUGAAGCGCGGCGCCUGCACCGCGAGAUAGAGUUGCGCAGGCGUACCGCACCCUCGUCUCGCGUCGUCCGGAUCAGCGGGCGCAGAAGGCGCGGGGGCAAUCGUGGCUGGCACGUCCGCGUCCCCGUGCGCGUCGAGGACCACAGAGACCUAGGGCUGUCCCGCGAAGCGAGCGAUAAGACGCUUCUCGGCGACACAGUAGUGCUGGCCUGCCUCGCGCCCUCUCGCCAGGCGGAGGCUUAUCUGGGCCGCGACGACGCGCCGGGGGAUGGGGGGAUGGGGGGAGCGGAGAAGACGGGGGCGUUCGCAGGCCACGCAGGACGUGGAAGCGUCUCCGCUGAUGGGCCUCUCGUCAUGAUCGGGGUGCCGUGUCCUCGCACGAUGAUACCGGUGGCUGAUCGACGACGUUUCGAACAUAGCACGCCGCGGGGCGGGUCGUGGCCCGUGAUUCACCACGGUCCACGAACGUUGCCAGGCGAGUGGCCACGCCCCGGAACCUUGUUCGGUGCCCCGCGGGGGCGGUUGCGUCGCGUGUGGAGGAGCAUCCACCCCGGAGGAGCCGCCGUGCCCGCCCUAGCGACGCACGUCUGCGGCGGAUGUAUGACAGAUGACGGGAUGCGGUACCGUUGGACAUCCUGGACACAGAUGCGUGCUGCAUGGAUGGGCCGCUGUUGCCGGAGAGGGCCGCUGGCCCAGUUUCUCGCUAUGGGCUAUGGGCGCGUCGGCGCGCCGACGUCAGAUGACGCGCCGCUCACCCCGUGGGCCACCUGCAUCUCGCGCGAUGCACGAUGCACGAUCCAUCGGUGCCCCGCGCACGAUCGGGCCCGAUCGCGACGACACAACACACGGCGCGGCGCGGCGCGUCGUCAUGCGGGGGAGGAACUGAACGUCUGCGUCAUGCAGAACGCAGAACGCAGCGCAGGCCGGCGAGGAGCGAUAGGAGCGAUAGAGAUAGGACGGCGCACCGGCACACGGCGGCACGGCCAGCGGCAGGGGCGGCCGGGGACGACCACUGAUAGACCCCCGUACACGUGGGGCCCCCCCUCUGAGCUUGCCCGGCGCUGGCGCUGGCGCAUAACGCAUUACAAGCGGGUGCAUGCAUCGCGUCGCGUCCCUCGCUCUGUAUCUGAAUAUGAAUCGCGGAGACACGUCGGACAUGGUCCAUGGCUCAUGGCACACGGAAUCCUCCGCCCCAGGCUGACCGAGGAGACGCGCCUCGCAGCACGGACGGAUCGCGCGGCGGGGCAUCCGGGGCACGCUGUGAUUGCAGCACAGCAAGAUCGCGGACGCACUCGCAGCUGGGCGCCAGCGGGGGGCAUCACCAAUAGCAAUAGCAAUACCAAGGUGGCCGUGCCACCGCAGACUGGCUGCGCUGCGAUCGACGCAGCGUACAGGUCGCGCAUUGCAUUGCAUCGCCACGUCCGAGCACAGGCUCGAUCCUGCUCCGUCACCGCGCGAAAUUGGCUGCAGGCCCGGACGCGGGGGACGCUAGAACGCGGCGUUCGAGGACGCGCGGGAGCGCGGCGUUCGAGGACACGCGGUCAGAUCACACAGGAAGACAGAGGACAGAGGACAGAGGCAGGCGAAAGGACGGCGGAGCGCGAAUCGCCAUCGCCGCACGGCGCACGUAUCGGGGCUCGGGGCUUGGGGCUCGGGGCUCGGGGCUCGGGCGUUGCGCUUAGCGGGGUGCAGCUGCAGCGGACAGGAUGUACGGGUGCAGCGGACAGAAUGUACAGCAGCGGGGCGCGGCGCGCGCCGGGAGGCAAUAUAUUCCACAUACAGAAGACUGAUAUGAUGCGAGAGAGAGUGCGGAGCGACGAAGAAAACCGAUUGUGCGAACGUGAACGUGAUGCAAGAAGGAGGGACGGGGAGGGCGGGGAGCGGGGUGGGGGAUAUAGAUGCGGGAGGGAUAUAAGGGUGAUAAGAUGGAGACGGCGAGGAACGGACAUGGAGGGGGAGGAAGAGGAAGUGGUGUGCGUGCGACAGCUUUUGGGUCGUGGGCGCGGGCAGGGAGAGGAGGAAAGGCGGCUGCGGCGCGCGCAGUUAUAUAGACGGGGGAACGGAAACCGGGCGGACGUCUAUGGGUGCGCACUGCGCCGGGAGGAGCGGCGGGCGGCUUCUCAUACGGGGAUUUUGGACGGUUUCGUCUGCGACGCAGCGUGUCAGACUACGACUGCGUGCGGGACGGGCACACGCGCGCGACUCACAGACUUGCGCAUCAUCAGCGGCGUCGAGCUGGAGCCGGGCGAGUACGAUGCCGCGGGCUGGAUGCGCAGCACGUGGUCAGCGGCGGUUCAGAGCGGCGGAGGGCCUAUCUGUGAUGCUCACCGGUGGCGGCAGACUUGGAGAGCGCUUUUCGCAGCUGGGCAUGCGUGUAAGCACGAGCGGUCUACGAUAAGACGCGGUGUAGUCACCUUUGCCUCGCUCUCUGCGUUGCGCUGUGCCGACAUCGACGUCGGGUGGAGGGACACGCUGUCGACGCUCUUGGCGUGUGGUAGUGAGGAGAGCUGGCAGGAGAGGCUCGGGAGCGCGAUAAGCUGGUCCGGGGCGGAGCGCGUGCUCGAGGAGGAGGAGGUGGAGGAGGAGGACUUCUUGAUUUGCGAAGACAUGGUGCGGUGGGUGGGGGUGGGCGAGCGUGGGACGUGCAGGAGGUGCGGGGGAGGAUGGAAGGGGCGAACGCGGUUGGAAACGCGACGGGCGAGGCACGCAGGGACGCAGCGGCGGACGGUGGGCGCGGCAGCAGGAGGAUGGGAGGGCUGGUAG